UCACAUUGUUAAUAUAUGUAUGGAUUGUUUCAUUAAGCAAUCAAUAUAUACGAAACUCCAAACAAGUUCAUCACGAUUCUUGCAGAGAGAGAGAGAGAGAGAGAAGACAGGAAAAGAAAGAGAGAUCAAUGGCUGCAAAAGCAAGCAUUAUGCCAAUAGUUGGCAAGAUAUACUGUUCAUCUUCAAAUGUAGUUCUUGGUGUCCGAACGAGGCCACGUGUUGCUAAUGGAGGCGGUUUGGUGGUCACAGAUUGUAGCCAGAAGGUUGUUUUCAGGGUAGAAGGUUGUGGAACUCUUGGCAAAAAAACAGAGCUGAUUUUAAGAGACGGCAACGGAAAUGCUUUGCUUCUCAUCCGCCGAAAGGGAGGAAUAGUUGAAGCGCUAAGCAUCUACAAGCAAUGGAAAAGCUACACCACCGACUAUGAAGGAUCUCAAAAGUUGGUUUUCAGCUUGAAAGAACCCAACUCAUUUAUCGUACAGAACAAUCCUAUCAGGAUCACCAUUGAACCGAUGGAGCAGAACAAACACUCCAGUUAUGAGAUCAAGGGGUGUUUCUCUGAAAAAGAUUGCAGCAUCGUGGACUCCAGAGGCAACAUAAUAGCACAGGUUGGAAUGGAGGAGGAGUUGAAGGAAGUGAUGGCGAGCAAGGAUCUAUAUCAUGUGCUGGUGAAGCCUGGCAUUGAUCAGGCCUUUAUUUUUGGAGUCAUUGCCAUUCUUGACUACAUAUAUGAUGGAUCUACCAGAUGCUGA